GAUGCUUUCUGUCGGGGUUUGUUGGAUUGAGUCAAAGCCGAACAGAAUCUCCGCGACACUUUUGCCAUUGUCGAUUAAUGUAGAAAACUAACCGCGUGGAAACUCACUUAAUCUCGUGUACAGCCGAACACAAACUUAUUUGUGGGUGAAAAUGGCCGAAUGGACUCCGAUAGCGAAGGUGUACGACCCUCUGAAAGCUGGCAGCAUCGACGGCACGGACGUGGAGCCGCACGACCGGGCGGUAUGGAGAGCUAUGACCGCCCGCUAUAAACCCAACAAAGGCGUUGUUGGAGACCCUCAUCUCACCCUGUUUGUGUAUCGACUGAACCCCCUGACGACAGAGGACAAACUGCACCAAGUGUUCUCCAAGUACGGAGACGUCCAGAGGCUGCGGCUGGUGCGGGACAUCGUCACGGGCUUCUCCAAAUGUUACGCCUUCAUCGAAUACAAGGAGGAGCGGUCCGUCGUCCGGGCCCGCCGGGACGCCAACAAGUUGGUGGUCGACCAGCACGAAGUUUUUGUGGACUUUGAGCAAGAGAGGCUGCUUAAGGGCUGGGUGCCCCGGCGGCUCGGCGGCGGACAGGGAGGAAAGAAAGAGUCCGGACAGCUGCGGUUCGGCGGCCGGGACAGGCCGUUCCGUAAACCCAUCAACCUCGGGGUCGGUCCGCUGCAGGAGCGGGGCGGCGGUGGCGGAAGGGGGUGGGAGCGACAGGGCACCAGGGACCGGGAGGACCGGGACCGGCAGAGAGAGGCCGAGUGGGGCGGCAGAGGGAGGAGAGACGAUCGGGAUAGGGGCAGAGAGCGGGACGACCGCAGACAGGGAGACCGAAACCGGAACCGGGACAGGAGAUGACGCAAAGUGCCGAUUCAAAUGACUUUCGAUCCACUGAACAGACUCCUGUAUCGCGUGGAGGGAUUCACGGCCAGGUGUACCGCGGAGCUGGGGCUUUACACACGGGGCUCGGACUGUGGACUAAAAGCAUUUCAAUUAACAAAUGACUUGCUUCUGUUGUCAAGAGUUCAAAGUGAUGCUUUUACUCUACAGUGACAUCGGGUGCCGGCACAUGGUAGCUCCUGCACGAAAACACCCAUUCAGACUGGGACUUCCCCAGGCUGUGCUUCCCCGGGCUGUGCUCCCCCAGGCUGUGGGCUCUCUGCAUUUGGUUACCGAUUUUAAAAACUCCCUCUCUGUCGAUACGUUCCUCCAAUGACAUGAAUGUCACGGUGGACCAGUAUUUCCGUAUUUCUCAGAACUCUUGUGUAGAUUGAGCACACAAAUCACUUGAAUAAUCCACCAUAUCAAGAAAUGCAAUGCUCAUUGUUUUAAAGGGAAGAUUUGAAACUUAAGUAUUUUUUAUUUUAUUUUUUGCAGUACCUGCAGACGAAUGAAUCUGUUACAUGUUCUCUCUUCGAGGCGGUUUAGUUUCUGACACUUUAUUUGAAUUAUGGUGUUGAAACACUACGGCAUCCAAAAGUGGGAAGUUAGAUGUGAAUGUGAACUCUUUCGUACAUGUUUUACAAAGUUAUUUAGAGCAGAACAUAAGUCUUAAAAAUGCCAAAGGGUUGGUGCAUCACUGACUUGGCACGGGAUUGAAAAACAAAUAAACCAGAAAUGAUCUGAACACAACGUGUCACUUUCCUUUUUUUCC